AUGCAGGGAAGGUAUGAAGAGGAAUUAGGAAUGGCUCCUCCGUCCGUCGUGGUGGUCCAGCCGCAGUACAGCAGGGCCAUGCCCGUUGUCGCGAGCAGCAAGUGGCAGACAGGGCUGAUGGACUGCUGCACCGACUGCGACAUCUUUUGCUGCGGGAUGUUCUGCUUCCCCUGCCAAGUGGCCGGAGACAGGGGCGAGUCCUGCCUAUGUGGGACCAGUGUGGCCAUGAGGACCCUGUACCGCACCAGAUACAACAUCACGGGGUCCAUUUGCUCUGACUUCUGUGUCACCAUGUGGUGCCCCGUGUGCUCUGUUUGCCAAAUAAAGAGAGACAUCAAGCGGAGGAAGGCACUGGGCAUAUUCUGGUAA